UCCUGUACUUGACUAGAUUCAGGUCAUAUGUGUACUCUCCGGAUGUGUUUCUCCCUGGGAGGAGCGGCAGUUACGUGGACUGUGUGAUCAGUAUGUAUUGAACACACACACAUCGCCACGGACAAUACAUUGUUGAAGGGUAACAUAUUAUCAUUUCACAGGACAAUUCCUGGUACCAAAUUAUCAUUUAGCAAUGGUCGGAUUAGGGGUUAUCGUCCUUGCAGUACUGGUCAGCGUUCAAUCAGCUCCUCGCCAUGUACGGGUCAAGAGGAGGCCUGGAGAUCAUCCACCGGAAGGAGAGUGCUCGAACUUCUGGUUGGGUGGAAUUUCUAAGGUCCACUUUUACACCUGUUGCAACAACUUGGAUGAAGGUCCUCAACCCUACUGCGAUGGGCGUACUUACCAGCGAGCAUCCACGGAAUCGUACUGUAAACCUGGUGGGUAUGACGGCGGGAACGGUAAACAACGUGAUUCCUACCGUUGUGGAGGGUGUGAUGGCCAGACCCAGGUAGCUGUGAAAUGCAAACCUCCACCUAUACUGGAUGUUGUAGGAACGUGUUGGGUGUUCACUAAGUGUUUCACGGACUACUGCGAAGAACGAUACAGAGUGAAUGAGUUAAACUUCGCAUUAGAUGUCUCAAGGAUGCCGGACACCUGUUACAACGGAGUAUGUGAUGCAGGAGAAACUACCGACAACUGCCCAGUCGACUGCUGCUACAAGAAAAACCCGUCAAAGUGUACUUGGAACAACAAGUGUGUGCCGCGGUUCUGUGGCACCCCGGCCUGCCAGAGUGGCGGUGAAGGUGUCUUCAGAGCUGGGACUAAUAGUAUCAAGAUAUUAAUUGCCGCACUGCUGGUGCUGAAUAUAUAGGUCGGGCGAGAUCAAAGGUAUACCCAGCAAACAAAUCCAAUGUUCGUUGUUGGGUGAACCCUUCGUGAGAGCACUCAUGCUCAUGGCGUCAAUCUCUGGAUUCUAUGGUUCUGAAGACCUGGAAUAUUGCUGAGUGCAGUGUUAAACAACAAAGACACAAACAGAAACUUCCAUCUGAAAAAAUUCAGACUUGGUCCAGAGCAAUCCUUGCAGUGUUUCCGACUGUGCUUUUAAUUUGAUGGGCAAGGUCACACAGUUACACAAUGUAAACAUGACCGGUUAAUUUGAUUGCUGUUCAGCAUGUAUUCUGCUUCAUCUAUGGUUUUGUUUGUGUAAAAAUUAAUUUUAUAAGUUUC